ACCAAACUCACCUCAUUUUACUAUUACUCUCAGUAAGGACACAACAUCCCAACAUGGCUGCUUACGCACUCGUCACAGAGAACUUUAAGUUUGUGUCCCUCUUCUUCAAGAGUAAAGAUGUGAUGAUCUUCAACGGUCUGAUUGCUCUGGGCACUGUGGCCAGCCAGACUGCCUACAGCGUCUUCGCCUUCAACUGUCCAUGUUCCCCUGGAAGGAACUACUGCUACGGCCUGGCUGCCAUUGGCGUUCCGGCUCUGGCAUUCUUCCUCGUGGGAAUAAUGAUGAACAAAAGCACAUGGGACCUGGUGUCCGAGUGUCGGCUCAGAAACUGCCGGAAACUGUCAGGGGCCGCAGCCUUCGCGCUGGUUGGAACCAUCAUCGGUCGAGCUGUAGUGGCUCCGCUGACAUGGGUGGUUAUCUCUUUGCUGCAGGGCCAGGCGUACACGUGUGCCCUCAGUGAGUUUGUUGACCCCAGUACACUGGGGAAGGACUUCCCCUCAGAUAUGGGGUCAGAGGUCAUUGCGAAAUUCCCGUGUCAAGGAAGUGUUCCCACGGAGCUGCAGCGCUUCUGGGAUGAAAUUGAGCGUCGACUGAAAUACGAAUCUCAGCUGAUAGGCUGGCUGCUGGUGGCAGGAAUGUCUGUGGCGGUGUUCCUGAUGCUGUGCAUGAAGCGCUGCUCCUCUCCUUUUGGCUACCUACAGGAGGACUACUGGUCUCAGUACCGCUCUAAUGAAAAGACCCUCUUCCAACGCACGGCAGCUGUCCACGCCCAGCUCCUGGCUGCGGAGAACAUUAAGAGCUUCUUUGGCUUUGUGGCGCUGGACAAGGAAGAGAAGGAGCUGCUGGCUGAGCACCAGAGUGUCAGUCCUAUCUGCAGCACUGACUGGAACAGAGUGACUGGUGUCUACCUCUACAGGGAGAAGAAAGGUCUGCCUUUGUACAGCAGGCUCAACAAAUGGGCCACGUACAGCCUGGAGCAUAACGUGGAGGCCAUGGACAAAGAGAUGGACACGUUCAGCUGACAGGAAGGACGGUGGGCCAGUGACAAAGGCAUCAGUAUGCUUUAAAUAGAGUGCUUGUUGGACUUCUGACAACCACCCACUCUAUUUACUGCCACUAUGCCUUGAGACAUUUUAUAAGAACUAGUUUGUUUGAAGUACACUGAACCCUUUUGUUAUGAAAUCCAGCCAGACGGAUGUGCCGAUGUGGCUGAAUGUGUGUUUCAUCUGUAUUUUGUAGGUUUAUCAUGUUUGCCAACUAACUUGGAUAUUGACGGUGUGGCCAGAAAGAAGAAAGCAUAAUAAUACCAAGUGUAAAUGGGACAAUGGACAUAAGAUCUGAUUGAAAUCAAGCCGUCAUUUUAUUUGAGAUACUUUCAGUCAAAUGCCUUGCUUUAUUUACAACAUUCCUUUUAAAGGUUAACUUCCUUGUGUGACUGUAACUCUAUGGGCUGACUUAAUCAGAUAACUCUAUGUAUAGACCCAGUCCAAACUUUCCCAGAUGUGACACUUGAUGAUUAAGUUCAUCAUUUAUAACUCUAACGUCUGCAGAGGUAAAAAAAAAUAUGCACAUUCUUUACUCAAGUACAGAUACUUGUGUAAAAAAGACUCCGGUAUAAGUAGAAGUACUGAUUCAA